AUGCCAUCACAACAAGAAUAUGUUACGCAGCUACAACAUGGUGGAGGUUCCGCUGAAACUACUGACUACCCGGUAGACACAAAAGCUUACGUGAUGGAUCAUACACUUGGAACGACCUCGUCGACGGCUACAACUCCUGGUACUACCGAUACAAAUACACAACCAGUGAAUAAUCCACCAACUGUGAUGAGGAAAGGCAAAUGGACAGCUGAAGAAAGUGCUUAUUGUGAUCGAUUGAUUGAAGAAUUUAAAAAGGGGAAUUUACCAUUGUCAGAAGGCACGACAUUGCGAACAUUCUUGUCGAAAUUAUUAAACUGUGAUCCGAUGCGGAUCUCGAAAAAGUAUACGGGCGAUCAGUGUAUUGGUAAAAUUAUCUUUCGUCGACGAGACGAUGAAGUGGCAAAGGAUGAUAUUGAAAAUAUCCGGAAGGAUCUAGCAGAGCUGGAAAAGACGUACUUGGAACGAGAACAAUACAAUCAACGAAGACGUGAAAAACGACUCGAGUCGGAGCUCUCACGAGAUAAAAAUCGCUUUGCAGCUGUCAGGUCAAUGGGAUACGCCACAACGUCAGGAAAUUCAUCUGCAGUCAUGUCGCCACACUCUCAUUCACAGCAACAACAUGGAGGAUACUCUCCUGCUUCCGUUCGGUCGAUGACAAAGCAGGAACCUCGACCAGUUCCUGUUCAGCAGCCGAGUGGAGGAUACGGUACUCCGAGUCGUGGAGGCGGCAUGCCUGUUCAGCCGCCUUUGCAUCCUCCACAACAGACCAAUAACGUUCCCUCUCACCUAUUUAAUGGCGAUCACAGCAAUGUAUCGAUGCUUGGCAUUGCUGGCGCACAAACCCAGGGCCAAGGUCAGGUCCAGGACAAUAAGUCUGCCAUGGACGGUAACUCCAGCGACUCGUUCCCCCGUGUGUCGUCGAUUGACAGUUUCUCGUGUCUGUUUCCGCGCGUGGCGAGCAUUGAAAACUUCCAGCACGCGACGUCGUCAGGAUUUGUUGGAAUGAAUUCUAAUGGCUUGUAUGUGUCAACGGACAGUCAGAGUACAAUGACCAGCAGCGGAUUUGAUACUCAGUCAAAGCCGAUGUCUACUAGCGAGGGUCUUCAUGCUUAUUUUCCGCGCAUCCAAUCGCUAGAACAGCUAUCCAAUUUGUUGCAGGAUCGUGGUUUGAAUAGUCCGUCUGGGGCAGUAACGGCACCGGCAGCCCAGAACACACGAGAUGUGAUGGAAAAUCCAGAUGACAGCAAAAAGCAGCAGGGCAAGGAAAACACAUUAUUUGGAGGCACCCGGAGGCGGCUUGGUGAUAAUGGUAUGAAAGAGGAGCCGCAGCGAGAAGGCGAUCUCAAUGCACAGUCAAAUUCAAACUGCAGUAGCAGCAGUACCGUAACUGGGACCACUAAACGCCUCAGCCCCAGCCACAAUGCUUCAACUUCAUCUGGCUCGGGGAACCAGAUUCAGAUUCCCAAGCCCCUGAACAAAAUGCCGCGUAGCUCGUCAGGUAUAUUUCCGCGCGUACCAUCUAUGGACAAAAUGCCUCGGGUGCCUUCUGUUGAUAAGAUUCCUCGUGUUGCUUCGCUGGACAAACUACCGCGUAUCCCGUCUAUGGAUAAACUCCAUGCGGGGGGCGGUGGCGAGCAACGUAUUCCGAGGGUGCCUUCAAGCGACAAGAUGGCGCGAGUGCCAAGCUUGGACAUGCUCUCUCGUUUUGGCUCGAGCGACCACCUCAGCAGCUUCCCGUCAUUCUCAAACCUAAGCGCACUCUCUUCGAGCGCCUCAUACGAUAAGUUGAGCUCGCUGGGUGGAUUUAAGUCGGGAUUUCCGCGUAAUUCGUCGAUCGAGGACAUUUUGUCUUUGGUAGCAUCAUCUGAGUCAACGGGCCUUUCAUCCACUGGCUCAACAUUGCAGCUGAGUGCACUGGCUGCGGUUGCUGGUGAGGAGUCAUCCCAUCUUGCCAACGAACGAAAACGUCGGCUGGAGAACUUGCAGCAGGAUACGCCGUUGGCGGCUGAUAAGAAGAACAAGCUGUCAACGUGA